GUCAUCUGUUUUCUCGGGCAAGAGUAAAUCCUGCUGUUUUCUCGUUUGAUUUUCCGGGAAAAUCAACAGCGAUGGCUUCUUCUACCCUUCUCCUCCACUCUCGAACCCUACUCCCACCGAAACAAAACCCCAUCGUUUCUCGGGAGCCCAAGCCCCAAUUUUUCCCUCUCCUCCGUCUGAACUCUCUCCCCAAGUCCUUCUCUCGCUCUCUCUCCCCGACCUCAAAACCUAAUCUGGCAGCCAAAGCGGCAGCUUCCUCACCACCGGCAAUUACUCCCACUCGCCCACCGCACGCCAAGCUCGGCGAAUCGAUCCGCACCGUGAGUUCAGUGCUGGCCCUGGCGGUAGGAGUGUCGAUUUCAAUCGCGAAGCUAGUCCAGAAGCUUCCGGUCGAUAAGGUCCUUGCCUUGCUGUCGAAAUUGAACCCCGGCCCUCAAGAGCUCGCCGCGGUCCGAGAGCUAGGAGGGAACCUGUCGUGUGCGGCGGGGCCGCUGUUCUUCGCGGCGCUCCGUGACCGCCCCAGCGGGUACCUGAACACGCCGCUGACGGUGGUUGCUGCGGGUCUGGCGAAGUGGCUCGAUAUCUACAGCGGGGUUCUGAUGGUUAGGGUUCUGCUCAGUUGGUUCCCGAACAUCCCGUGGGAGCGGCAGCCACUGUCGGCGAUUAGGGACUUGUGCGACCCGUAUUUGAAUUUGUUUAGGAAUAUAAUUCCGCCGAUUUUCGAUACUUUGGACGUGAGUCCGCUUUUGGCAUUCGCGGUGUUGGGGACUCUGGGUUCGAUCCUGAAUAACAGCAGGGGGAUGUAUUGAGUAACUGGAGGAGACUGGUGUGGAUAGUAUGGUGGCAAAUUGGGUUGGUGGAUGGUCGUUAUAGUGAGUGAAAAACAUUACUGUUUUUUGUUGAAUUUACAUUUCAUAAGCUGCUUUGUAUGAUUGUAGACCGAGUAUUAGUUGUUGUAAUCCAUAGUGUUUAUAUGGGUUUCGCCGAGCUAAUAUAAAUUUUGGAAAUUUUGAAGUUUUAA